AUGAUAGCUCUUCCCCCAUCCUGGGAUUGGAGUCCCCCGACAGCCAGAGAAUUGUGUGAGGCUUCAGCGGCUGGCAAGAUUUGGGUUGCCAAAGCAGGGUCUUGCCGGGUGGACUUUGCGGCUAAUGUCAACGACGGGCUCCUGAAUGAUAUUUUCGGCCAAGCUACUAUGACAGCUAUCGUCAACUUGCCUUCGGAGUGUCCAGUCUGGAACGAACUCGGUCUUGAGCUCCGCAGCAAUCAUGCCGACAAUGGAGACCAUCAGCAGAACUCUGUGCAGGCGUCAUACUUCCUUCACCAUCCAGAUCUCUCCUCCGAAAUGAUCGCCCCUCCAGCUAUCCCAUUAGCUCGAUUUCAGGGGCUGAAGUGUGAAGUCAAUUAUUACUUUGGGAUUUCUCCAAGCAAAAGCAAUGCAAAAUCGACUCAGACCUCAGCAAAGUCACUAAGGAGGGAAUCACCACCCCUACCUCGACCUCCCAGGCCUAGCAAGAAGCCGUUCAAGAAGUACGAACCACAAGGCCCAGCUAGCAGGGAACUGUCACCCCCUCCUAGUCAAGAAAAUUCCGAACGAGACGCAAUCGAACAGGCGCUGGAGUCAUUUACCUCAGCGACACUCCUAACUGAGCUCACCAGCCUCUUAGACCUUGCCCUAGGAAAACUCAUUGGGGUCAGGAGAGCACCAUCAGGGGUAGGAGUGACCAAGCGAACUCUCCAGUUGUCCCUGAUCGAUAUUGCCCCUGCUGUUUGGAACCUUCACUAUCUCCAGUUGCGCCCUGUUCAGACCGAUACAAGCAGCACAAACAACAGCGAACACUCUGAUGUAUCCGAUGAUGAAUCAGUAAUAGAACUGGGCAUCAAUGAUCGUCUGCCAGACAAUAGCCCUCUAGUUGAAGCACCCCAGCCCCUGCUUGAAGGGUUUGACCUAUCACAAGCAUACGAGUUGAUGAACGAAGAAAUACAAGAAUCCGCUUGGAGGGAUCAUGAUCUGGCAACGAAUGACUGGAUAAGCAGUUCAGAGGGCGACUACUUUUACGCUGAUGGUCUUGGGAACGUAAUCCCAGUGGAGAAGCAUACGGCUCUUAAAAAGGACGAGAUCAGCUGGGCGGAUGAUGAGAUCGAACACGAAGAGCCUUAUGGCCAACCUGACAUCGGUAUAUUUGCUCAUGGAGACAAUGAAAUCGACCUUGACGAGAACGAAGAUCAAGCAUAUAUUAUGUACGAUGAACAAAACUGGUUCCUAGCGCAUGAGGCUCCGUAUCAGGAUCAAGAUCAAGGACCAAGUUUUCAUCCAUUACCGCCACAACCAUACGACGACCCAUUAUGA